AUGCCCAGUGCUAUGCACCCCCAGGCCAAGUUCGACCCGAUCCCACCGGACCUCGAUCUUGAGUCUCUUGUUGAAAGCACUCCAAACUUCAACUGGGUCGUCAGGAUUCCCGCAUCUAAAAUAAACCGAUUCGGGCCCCAAGGUUUCGAGAAGCUCGUACUGCUCCACGUCAUCCAUGGCGGAAAGCCGCUUGUCAUAGAGGGCUGGAACGAUAGGCUCGAUCCGUCCCUCUUCAGCGCACGAUGGCUCGAAAGUGCCUACGACAAGAAAGAGGAGCCGGUGCGUGACAUUGGUGGCCAGACCGACAUGCGCAUGACCAUCGGCCACUAUCUCCGCUCCAUGCCUCAGCUCACCAACCAGUGGACACCUUCGAACUUCCGCGAGGAAAGAAGACAGCGGCUCUACCUCAAGGAUAUUGAUUGUCCCCCAGAAUGGCAUGAACGACUACGCAAGAUCCUACCACCCAACGUUUUUUACAUGAACGAUAAUAUCGAUAAGCGGGGUAACGAGAUUGAUAUGGAUUCGUUUGGGGAGACUGGCUGCGCACCUGCCGGUGAUCUUAUGAGCUGUCUGCCUGAGGAGAUGCGUGCCCAAAAUCUGAUGUGCUACAUUGGCCAUGAGGGUACGUAUACCCCUGCUCAUCGUGAAAUGUGUGGCAGUUUGGGCCAGAAUAUCAUGAUCGAAGCUUCGGGUGGCGACAACGGAGAGAAGCCAGGAAGUUCCAUCUGGUUUAUGACUGAGACCAAGGAUCGUGAGGUCGUGAAGGAGUACUUUCUCUCCAUGUUGGGCCACGACAUUGAGAUCGAGAAACAUUUUGCCCAGAUAAAUGCUUGGAAGAAGGCUAGCUUCCCCGUCUAUAUCGUCGAGCAAAAGCCCGGGGAUUUCCUCCUGAUUCCUCCUUUGGCACCUCAUCAAGUCUGGAAUCGAGGCACCCGCACCAUUAAGGUAGCUUGGAACCGUACCACUGUUGAAACACUUGAGCUUGCCAUUCACGAGGCUUUACCCAAGGCGAGGCUUGUCUGCCGUGAUGAGCAGUACAAGAACAAGGCCAUUAUCUACUACGCUCUGAAGAAAUACUACAAAGAUAUCCAGAGCAUGGAUGACAAUGCUGAUAUUGGGAUGUUGGGUUAUGGCCACGACUUGGUCAAAAACUCGGCAAGGUCGAAGCAAAUGAUGCUGGACUUCAAAAAGCUCUUUGCGCUGUACACUGAUAUUUUGGUGGAUGAAAUGUUUGGCACCAAAGAGGCCAACGUUGAAUACAUCGAGUUCGACUCCAACAUCACAUGUUCUUAUUGCCGAUGCAACAUCUUCAACCGCUUCCUGACUUGCAAACACUGUAUCAGGAUGCUGACCACCGGCGAUGAGGAUACGUAUGACAUAUGCAUGGAGUGCUAUGCCAUGGGGCGUUCCUGCGUGUGCGUAUCGAAAUUGAACUGGUGUGAGCAGUGGAACUGGUCUGACCUUGUCCAAGAUUACGAGGAAUGGCGAACCAUGAUAAUUCAGGAUGACGGCUUUAUCGAUAUCAACAACUCACCUCUUCCCCUUGAGAUUAUGAGAAAAAAGGCAGCCCGAAAAUCAGUGGCACAGAUCUGCCAGGAACAGCUUCGACGACGCCCUUUCAACGACAUUACGAAAGUGGAACAGCCGGAACCUUUGGAGCCGUCGGAUGUUGAAAUUGACGGAGAGGGCCGGCCGGUAAAGAAAAAGAAGAACCGCCGCAAGAAGAAGGCAGGCGAGACUUACCGCUGUCAUGUCUGUUGUCAUAGGGACAACACUUUUCGUCUCGCCUUUUGCUCCAACAUCGGUUGUGCUGAGGCGUAUUGCUAUGGUACGCUUUACCGCGCUUUCGACCUUAUGCCACAAGAUGUUUUGCGGACAGAGAAUUGGAAAUGUCCCAAAUGCUUGAAGAUCUGCAACUGUGGCUCGUGCCGAAAGGCAAACAGCACGACACCCUAUACCCCGAAGAAAACCCUACUAGGUCAUGACACCAAGCGUGUUGCGGAUGAUCGCAGCAAAGAACUUUUGGUCGAUUUCCGGGUCCAUAAUCUGACCUGGCUCAAAGCUACCGGAGAAGAGAGCCGGAGCCACAAUUCCAAGCGCAUGCAACGUCUCAAGGAGCAAGCAGAUGCCGAAAAAGCCAAGGACGACACCAGUAAGGAUGUUGACGCAUCCAUGUCUGGCACUGGAGAGAAUGAGGCGCAAGAGCAAGAGCAACCAGUCCAAAUUGGCUAUGGCGAUCAGAGUGCUAUUCUAGGUACGGACAACUAUAGUCAGCCAGGAAUGGCACAGGACGGUAUCUCUGGAGAUCCAAUCGAUGCACACGGUGAGCCCGACGACAUGUUUGUUACGGGUGCUGCAGUUGAUAGCACGCCUUACCCCGACCCCCUCGGCGACAGGGAUCGCAUGGUCGGGCUGGGUUACUACGAGCAAGAAGGUCCUGAUAGGAUUUUGUUCGAUGACUUCGAGGCCCCUGACUUGGACGCCCUUGAGCAAGAGGAGGAGAAUGAAUAUUUGCAGAAAAUGCUACAAAAGGCUAAACGGAAGGCCAAAAAAGACGAUGACAAUGACCCAGACUUCCGCGGUCCCAAAUCAUGGAGGAAGAAAUCCAGAAACGACAGCAUGGCGAGUGCGUUAUAUAACGCUAUGGUCGACCCAUCAUUAUUGGCAGGCGGCGAUAUUCAGACUGCCCCAGCUGGAGACGUGGCCGCGGAAGAAGCAGCUGAACCUGGUCCCUCGAAUAACACACCGAUUCCUGGCGAGCCGAAUCAGCCUAUUCUCCGACACGCAAAGCCGAUGGUCUCAUACGUGGAGCCUGACGAGGGCCUUGAAGAAUUUAACGAGGUCUAUGAAGCGGCACCAAAGAAAGACUUCCCGUCACAGGUAGAUUUUACUGGAGAUCACACUACUGGCACGGAUCCCGUAGACCUCGCCGCCGAGGCUAUGCGAACUCUCCUCGGUGAAGGUGAUGGUUUCAUGGGCGAUGUUCCGGCCCCGCCUCCUGCACCCAUUGCAGCCCGCGCAGAACCACCUCGUCCACGCGGCAGACCCGGCCGACCAAAACGCCAAUCGGAGCGGGUCCGGCUGGCAGAUGCCGUGCCUGAACCCACUGCACCCCAGCCAAGAAAAUCUCGCACGUCGAUGCUGGCCAGUCAGGGAUUGGAUCGUGCGGCAGACGAUGAUGACACUCAACCUGCUGAACAACCGGAUGGUGACGUUAGUCGACCACAAGCAGCUCCUGGACCGCGGAAACGCGGCAGGCCCCGUAAAAUCCGGCCUACAGAAGACGCGGCAUCAGGAUCGCCGUCCCCUGACACACCUAAGUACAUGUCCAUGGCGGAACGAAUAGCGCUCCGAGGAAAGAAGCUCAAGGUUGCCAAGAGCAGGCAAGCUAUCAGCCGGGCAUCGACGACUUCUUCCCAGUCAGGAGCGAAUACGCCAACAUCACAGCAGGCUAAUGCCCUCACACCUGUUGAGUUUGAAAGCGCUGCGAGGCCUGUUAAGAGGGGGUCUGUGGGUUGGCCUAAGAGGACUCAGGAGCACGAACAACCAGAGCAGAGAAGUCACAACGAUAGUGUUACGGAAGAACAACAGCAGGAGCCGGAGCCGGACAGUGACAAGGAAAGUGAUAAUGACGACUUUGUCCUGGCCGCGGAAGAGCCAGAAAGCAGGCCCAGCACCUCUGUGUCAGUCUCGUCCAGUUCUGUUUCUGUUUUGGCGCCACGCCCUGGACCUCCUGGAUCUCAGUUACGCUACCUCCAUCAGGCGCCAGUUACCAAAGCAAACUCCGGUCCUACGGUGGUCAGGCUUGGGGAUUUGGACCUUGAUCAAGACGACAGCCUCGAUGAUUUCAUGGAGGGUGUAGAGGACAACAUUUCCCUCUCGGACUCCGCAAGUGGUGAUGAUGACGAGGGCAUUCCAGCUGUUGUCAAGCCCAAAUCAGUAGCCACAAGAGGAAGGGGACGACCACGUGGUGGUCGGGCCAUUAGAGGAGGACGAGGCCGUGGUAGAGGUCAGAGAUAA